AUGAGAGCGGCUCAUGAAGACAAUCGCAAAAGGGUCAAGACUUGGAAGCCAAAGACUAAGACAGGAUGCAGAACUUGCAGGGUCCGGAGAAUCAAGUGUGAUGAAGCCAAACCGUUCUGUCGACGAUGUGUAUCCACUGGUCGCCAAUGCGACGGUUAUGAGGUCCAGGAUGCACUGACUCGAAAGUCUUCUUCUGCUUCUCCUGUUCGAUUAUUGAUCGAGGAUCCCAGUCUCCUGAUCGGAACUGCCGAGGAGCGUGAAUUUUUCCACUUCUUUCAAGUCCAUACAGCAUGCGAGUUCACGGGUUUCUUCGACUCUUCUGUUUUCGUCAAUGGCACUCUUCAGGCCUCUCAGUUCCGGCCUGAAAUUCGACAUGCUCUGACCGCAUUAGGAGCGAUGCAUCAGAAAUUUCUGUCUGGGCAUACGACCGUAGUUCCAGAUGAUCCUUCAGAUCUGCAGAUUCGUUUCGCCUUGCAGCAAUGCAAUCAAUCUUUAACUCAUAUAAGGCAACAGACAGUCGUAAAGGCAGAAAUAGAGACUAUGCUGACACUCUGUAUGCUGUACUUCUCAUUCGCAUGCUUACAGGGCCACCAGGCGACUGGGUUGGCUCAUUUACGUCACGCUUUGUAUAUGCUCGCGGAGAUGCAGACAGGUCAAUCACCUUCUUUCGAGAGCCAUCCUUUGACGGUAGGGUCGAUACGGGGUGCAUUUAUUGGGCUGGAUAGUAUGGCACGAGCCCUCCUUCCGGACGUCAAUCUCAAAGACUGGAUCACAUUACCGGGAGCGGCAGUCAACCCACAGGAACCCCCUGAGAUAUUCCAUUCACUCGCCGAGGCAGAAGCAUGCUCAGAGGCAAACUUCAACGGGCUUCUGAGUUCGCUUCAGGAGAUCUCACAUACACCUCCAAGUCAGGAGCUCGUACGCUUGGCAAUAGACAAGCACAAAGACUUUUCUGCACGAUUUCGCAAAUUCGGUCUCGCGCUGGAAUCAUAUGUAGAUAAGGAGCUGCACAACCUGGACUUUCGGCAGAAGAAAACGGUCUCAAUGCUCCGGCUUUAUCGCAGCAUCGCGUCAUCCACACUCGCUAUACUCUCGCAGAGUCCCAUGUACGGCGAAGUGGCAUGGGAUAACGUUGUACCCUCAUUCACGUCGAUCGUAGACUGUGCAGCCCGAAUCCUCGGCGAGACCUGCGUGGACGAGCUCGCGGCAACAGUCUUCUGCACGCCGGGCAUCCGAGAGCAGUAUCCGAACGAAUGUGACGAAUACUGCGCCGAGGCACGACGCAUCAUGGACAUAUCAAAACGCCCUCCUUCCUUCUCCUGCCGCUUCGGCGUCGUCUUCCCGCUAUAUCUCGUCGCCGCACGCUGUAGAGAACCACUCCUUCGCAGAAAAGCCCUCGGACUGAUGCUGCACUAUCCACGGCGGGAGGGCCUCUGGGACGGCGUCUUGGCUGCCCGUCUCGCCUUUGAAUGCAUGUGUCUGGAAGAGGAUGCUGUGCCAGGCCCCGUCACGUGUGCGAAGGAUAUCCCGGAAGAAUGCCGCAUCAAGGGCGUGGCGAUCCAUUAUACAGGGCCGAGGCAAGCGGAAGCAGAGAUGAGGACGACAGCAGAGCAUAAAUUGAACAAGCCAGGGGUGAAGCGAUUUGUCACAUGGUAA